AUGCCACUGUUUGUCGUCGAGCUGGUGGGGCCAAGCCCCCCGGACUCGAGGGCCCCCCCAGCCGCGGCAGGUCUGUAUGCCUAUCGCCUUCAACGUUGUCUCACGCUGCGCCCCCCAAAAAUCCAGCUCUGGACCAUUGCAUUGGGGCCUUAUAAUGCAGCUCCGGACCCAUACGGUGUCUCCACUCUGAAAUUAUCAUGGGAUAUUACAGCAAAGUGGGUUUUUUUUAUCCUGAACCUGGCUUCCUCAUUUUUCUCAAUAGGCAGGGGUGAUGGUUCUCAAUGCCUUACCAUCCGGCACACCUACUGCACCGUCAAUGACAAUGAUUAUUUAAGACCUUUCGAUUUAUUCAGAUUUUUUUACAUGGCCCUGCCCAAGGCACUGUUCCACAAAUGA